AAAAAAAAAAAAAAAAAAAAAAAAAAAAAACACUCAAAUACAUAAACAAAUAUCAGCAACCUGUCGCAUUGACGUCACAGCCGACUUGGACACCCCCUGAGAACCACCAGCUGUGCUGAGACACUUUUAUUUUAAAGCCCCGUGAGAAUAUGUUGUCCACAGAUCCACCUUGGCGACGCCUGACUGCAGGAUAUGGCUCUUGUAAGACGUGGUUCGCUCCUUGUGGUGGGGUUAGUUGCAGUCCUCUCCGGUUGCCAUGGGACCCCCCCUGUGAGAGUUCAGAAUGUGCCCCGAAAAACACCCACGUGCUCCUUACCCUACCACAACAUCGGAGGCCACUGCCUGCUGGUGGACGACCUCCUGCUGGGUUCAUGGGAGCAGAUGAGCACGUUCUGUGGGGACUUCGGCGGCACCCUCGCUAACUUCUACGACGCCAAUGUCCUUACGGCCGCCAUCGCCUACAUGGACGAAAACGACCUCAGGGACCGGUGCUUCUGGGUGGGCGCUUCCGACGCAGCCGAGGAGGGCGUCUGGCGCUGGACCGACGGCACUCUGGUGAGGCAGGGGACGCCCUUGUGGGGAGACCUGGCCGACGAAGUGCAGCAGCCGACCGGCGGGGAGGCGGAGAACUGCGGCCUCCUGCUGUUCGAUGAUCACCACUUCCUCCACGACGCUAAUUGCAGCGAGCAACACGCGGUCAUCUGCGAGCAGGAGGAAGCACUGGUUUUACAUUACAAGCCGGCCAGAACAGGCUGCCCUCUCCCUUACCAGUACAUCGGCGGCCGCUGCCUCUUCGUUAACCCCUUCGGCACCAAUAGCUGGGGGGGCAUGAACACCUACUGCCAGAACAUGGGUGGACACAUGGCCAAGCUCGACGAUGCCAAUCUGCUUGGUUACGUCUUUGACUACCUUACCGGCAAUGAAGGCAUGGGCGACGUGUACUACUGGAUCGGUGCCACGGACGCCGCGACGGAGGGCGUGUGGCUCUGGCACGACGGCACGGAGGUCCAGAUGGGCACGCCUUUCUGGGGAGACGGGGCCAGCGGGCACCAAGCUCCCGACGGAGGCGAGGAGCACGACUGCGCCUUCCUCAAGCCCACCGACCACUUUUUCUUCAACGACUACGUGUGCGAGGGCGACAACACGCACUCCUUCGGGGUCAUCUGCGAGUACUAGGCCCGAGGGGGGGAGGACCCGACCGCAAUCCCGACGUUGAAUGAGGUGACGGGGUUCUCUCUCGCGAUUCAGGUAGCCACAAUGGCCCAUGAGUAUUAGGUGCUGGUAUAUGGUACAUGUUUAUUCAUUUAUGUGUGUGUGCAUGUGUAUAAAUGAAUAUAUAUAUAUAUAUAUAUAUAUAUAUAUAUAUAUAUAUAUAUAUAUAUAUAUAUAUAUAUAUAUAUAUAUAUAUAUAUAUAUAUAUUUGCAUGUGUGUGAGUGCUACCCAUGAACCAGCAUAUCAUUUGCUGGUUCAUGGGGAGCAAAUCAAAGAAUGUUAAGAACUACAGAAGCCCUUUUCUCUCGGGAACAGCUGCUUCUUCUCACAUACUGACAAAAUGACGUAAGUCUUUCACAACUGGCAAAGAUAACAAUGUUUCUACGAUGAGAUAUGUAAAUUGUAAGACCUGUUUAUGAGACUCAUAGGAAAUACCGAUGAAAAGAAAUUUAAACACCUCUGACGUACCGUGUAACCUCAUUAUCAAGCUGAUGCAAAAGAUAACAUCGUUUAUUCACUCAACAGUCAUAUAAAAGAAGAUUAAAGGCCAAAAAAAUUA